AUGGAUGAAAAAGUACUAGUUACCGGAUGCAAUGGAUUCAUUGCCCUGCACGUCUUGGACGUGCUUCUCUCUGAGAAAUACCACGUCAUCGGGACCGCGAGAUCUCAAGACAAGGCCGACCAGGUCAAGGAGUCGUUCAAGAAACUGUACCCAUACGCACAAUUGGAGGUCGAAAUUGUCCCCGACAUCACUAAGAGCGGUGCGUUUAAUGACGUUUUCAAGAAGUAUCCAGAUAUCCAGCAUGUGCUGCACACAGCUUCGAACUUCUCUUUCGGCCACGACCAGAGCACUGAGGAGGCAUACCUGAUCCCUGCGACACAAGGUACUAAGAACAUCUUGGAGACCAGUUUGACGCUCGGCAAGAAGGUCAAGCGUUUCGUGAUCACGUCGUCGUUCGCCUCUAUCAUGGACUUCGACCACGAAGGCGAUGCGAACUUCAUCCACACUGAGGCCACGUGGAAUCCAACCACCUGGGAGAAGGCCAAGGGCAACGAGCUUUCUGCCUACAUUGCCUCCAAGAAGCUCGCUGAGGAGUCUGCAUGGACCUUUAUGAAGAAGCACGAGAGCGAGGUGCCAUUCACCCUCACUACCGUGUGCCCACCAUACGUCUGGGGUCCUCAGAUGUUUGAUUCUAGCGUAAAGCGUGGCGUCUUGAACACCUCCGCAGAACUCAUUAACCAGGCGCUAAAAACCACGCCUGACUUCAAGGGUCCAUUCGACACGCCAAACGGUAUUGGCUGUGAUGUGCGCGAUGUUGCGCUGCUACACGUCUUGCCCCUACGCAACGAAAAGCUCGCCGGCAAGAGACUCUUUCCAGUGAAUGGUACUGGUGUCAAGCAGCACAACUACAAAAAUGCGCGCUUCAACAUGCAGCGCGUCCUCGAUGUGCUCAACAAGAAGUUCCCUGAAUUGAGAGGCAAGAUCUCAAAGGGUGGUAUUGAGGACAAUGAAAAGGCCCUGGCUGCUGGUUUCUACUACAACAAUGACGAGACCUGCAAGCUUACUGGGAUUGAGUUCAAGCCUCUCGAGGUUACCAUUCACGACGCUGCCAAGCAGAUCCUAGAAUUCGGUUCUUCCGAUUGA